AGCUUUCGAACAGAAAAGAUAAUUUAAACUUAAAUUUUCAUCGCUUCUAAGCUGGACAUGUUACUUUCAAUAUAAAUAUCGCAAUCAUCUUGACGUGAAAAAUUGCUAACGCGUAAUAAUACCUUUAAAUUUUUAUUUACAAUUAUGGGAUUACCUUCACAUUAUAUAGUUUUAUAAAUUGAAGUAGGCUUUAUACAUUGACUUUUGGUAAAAAUCAUCAUUUGACAUUUACAUUAUUUUAUACUUUCAUUAUUUUAAAUUGAAAUUAUCACGCGGUAUGAAAUGCUGGAUAAAUUCUCAAGUGCACAGCUCGUUUGCAAAUUAUUACGCCGGGAGUACAACAAAACCAAACUAAACAUAAAUGUCAAAUAAAGCCUGCUAAUUAGAAAAAUGUUGUAUUUCUCGUUAGCGGAGUGUAUGAUUGCGUGUAGCAGCGUCCUACUCGUAGUGCUACUAUUAACCGAGAUCUUAGAUUGGACGCAAUUAUUCGGAUGGGUAGAAAACGAUUACCGUCCACCCGCUUUUUCAUUCGGUUACGCUUAUCAAAAUGGUCCUCAUACUUGGAAAGAUAUAUAUCCUGAAAGUGCCGGUAGCAAUCAAUCGCCUAUUAAUAUCGCCACCAGGCUCGCCGUAGUGGUGCAACCAUCUGAACCACUUCGAUGGAGCAAUUAUAAUAGCGGGCCUCUGUCGAUGACUAUCGCAAAUGAUGGCCAUACAGUGACACUCCGCGGAUUCUGGACCAGCACAGCAUGGCCGCAGCUUCGUGGAGGACCCUUAAACGAUACGUACGAUUUCUUUAAUGUUCUCUUCCAUUGGGGCCCGUCCAACGAAGAAGGUAGUGAACAUACUUUAGACUACGUUCGUUAUCCUAUGGAAUUGCAAAUCAUUCACGUGAAACAUGGAAUUAAAUCGCCAACGGAUGCAGUCGCACUAAAAGAAAAAGAUGGGAUAGUGAUUGCUUCGUUCUUUCUUCAGAUAAAUGACGCAGAUAAUCCUUAUUUGGAUCAUAUUGUAAGCAAUUUGUGGCGUAUUACCUGCCCUGGAUCUAAAGUUUACAUACCUCCUUUCCCAUUGGAAUGGAUUUUUGCUCCCUUUGAUAGAGAUUAUUAUACGUACAGCGGUUCUCUUAGCCAACCACCUUGCAGUGAAAUCGUCACGUGGAUCGUGCAGCAAGAACCAAUCGCUAUAUCCUCGUUGCAGGUAGAAAAGUUUCGAAAAAUCUGUUCAGUAGAAGGUCCGUUACUUUUAAAUUGUCGACCAGUGCAAUCGCUAAAUGAUCGUGAAGUUUACUUUUACGAAGAAAGUUUAUCGCGUAAUUAACAUAUAAUUAUUUUAUCAAAAUGUUUAA